CCCUCUCCCCCAGUUACGCUAUCAGGCUAGAGUCUUGGGCAGCACGGCGCGCAACACAACCCACUGACAGCUGCGACUGACUCACAACCAAGGAGGAAACGAUGGAGCACAGAGAUACCAACUUCAACAUACUGUUAGCCACCGAUUCAUAUAAGGUCACACAUUACAAACAGUACCCCCCCAACACGAGUAAAGUGUACUCCUACUUUGAGUGCCGCGAGAAAAGGACAGAUUCCACCAAAAGCAGAAAAGUCAAAUAUGACAAAACCGUCUUCUACGGCCUACAGUAUAUCCUCAACAAAUACUUAAAAGGAAAAGUAAUAACUCCGGAGAAGAUUCAGGAGGCGAAAGAGGUGUACAGAGAACACUUCCAGGAUGAUGUUUUUAACGAGAAAGGCUGGACGUACAUUUUGGAGAAGUACAAUGGACACCUGCCCAUUGAAAUAAAGGCAGUGCCAGAGGGAAGUGUUAUUCCUCGGGGCAAUGUUUUGUUCACAGUGGAGAGUACAGACCCUGAAUGCUACUGGCUCACUAACUGGGUGGAGACCAUCCUGGUUCAGAUCUGGUAUCCCAUCACCGUGGCGACCAACUCCAGAGAGCAAAAAAAGAUCCUUGCCAAGUAUCUCCUAGAGACUUCUGGGAACCUUGAGGGCCUAGAGUAUAAAUUACACGACUUUGGCUACAGGGGUGUGUCCUCACAAGAGACUGCUGGCAUCGGCGCCUCCGCCCAUCUGGUUAACUUCAAAGGCACAGACACCGUCGCUGGGAUCGGAGUCAUCAAGAAGUACUACGGUACCAAGGAUCCAGUGCCAGGGUUCUCUGUUCCUGCUGCAGAGCACAGCACUAUCACAGCAUGGGGAAAGGACCAUGAAAAAGAUGCCUUCGAGCACAUCAUCAAGCAGUUUCCCAAUGUGCCCGUUUCCAUAGUCAGUGACAGUUAUGACAUCUACAAUGCAUGUGAAAAGAUUUGGGGAGAAGACCUACGAGGGCUGAUAGAGACACGUGGUGCAGAUGCGCCGCUGGUUGUCCGACCAGAUUCAGGAAACCCACUCGAUACGGUGUUGAAGGUUUUGGAGAUUCUUGGUAAGAAGUUUCCUCCAGAGGAGAACUCUAAAGGUUUUAAGGUUCUUCCUCCCUACAUCAGAGUCAUACAAGGGGACGGAGUUGACAUCAACACACUGCAAGAGAUAGUGGAGGGUAUGAAGCAGCAUAAGUGGUCCAUUGAGAACAUUGCCUUCGGAUCUGGAGGGGCUUUAUUGCAAAAGCUGACCAGAGAUCUGCUCAACUGCUCCUUCAAAUGCAGCUAUGUAGUCACAAAUGGACUGGGGGUGAAUGUGUUCAAGGAUCCAGUGGCAGACCCCAACAAGAGAUCAAAGAAAGGUCGCCUGUCUUUGCACCGGACCCAGAGUGGAGACUUUGUCACCCUGGAGGAGGGCAAGGGAGACCUGGAGGAGUAUGGUGUGGACCUGUUGCACACAGUCUUUCAGAAUGGAAAGAUCGUGAAGACGUACACAUUUGAUGAAGUCAGAGACAAUGCUAAGCUCAAAGAGAGUGAGCUUGAAGAGCUGCUGCACUGAGUGCAGUCCUGCUAAACCUAGACACGUUCCCUAAAACCCAUAAUCAGCCCCUCCUUUAAACCUCCAUUUUUUUUUCCCCUCCAGUAUCACUAUAGAAAAUGGAGGCAUGUGCACUGCUAAUUUAAUCCCAAUAAGAACCUCCUGACAAGUUCCCACAAAACCUGAAACCCCCUUAAGAUUUGCAGUAUUUCACCCACAGAGAAAUGCUGUUUGUUAUCCGAUGGAGAG